GUUCGGAUUUUUCCCUAUUCUCUCGUUCGCGGGAAAACUAAAGCAGUUCCGGACGGGAAAGAAAGCGUUCUGUUCUCUGCGAACUAAGAUCGCCGUGUUUUAGGGUGUAGCAAUCAAUCAGGUGGUUUCCCAAAGCUUUUUAGAAUGCUUUUUCGCUCGAUUGUUAAUAAAGGAGUCAUCAGUAGCAGGAGGCGCCAUGAUCUUUGGUUGCAGUAUCCGCUUUUCUCUGUGCUCGAGAGUUUUGAGUGUGUGCGCAGUGAUGAGCACAUCUCUUAUGGGAGACAUGGCACCACGGUUCCGCCGUUUGGCUGCACAUUUUCCACCGCCCGAGAUCUGCGGGACGUUAUGGCCGUGGCCAAUGAAGAAGGCAUCGUGAGACUGUACAACACUGAGAGCCGAAGAGAGCCAAUUCUGAAAGAAUGGUUGGCCCAUGACAAUGCUGUCUUUGACAUUGCCUGGGUGCCGGGAGAGCCCAGAGUGGUUACCGCCUCAGGCGAUCAGACAGCCAAGCUGUGGGAUGUGAAAACCACUGAGCUGCUGGGGACAUUCAAGGGGCACCAGUGCAGCCUGAAAUCCGUAGCCUUCGCAAAGCAGGAGAAAGCCGUUUUCUGUACUGGUGGACGAGAUGGGAACAUCAUGGUUUGGGACACGAGAUGCAGUAAGAAAGAUGGCUGCUACAAGCAGGUGAAUCGGAUCAGCAGUGCCCACAACAAGACGGAGCGACAAACCCCCUCCAAGAUGAAGAAGCUCACCCCCAAAGGCAUGCUCCCCAGCGUGGAUUCUCAGCAGAGUGUCACUGUCGUGCUCUUCCGUGAUGAGCACACCCUCAUCUCAGCGGGUGCCGUAGAUGGAACCAUCAAGAUGUGGGACCUUCGGAAGAUCUACACGGCAUAUCACCAGGACCCUGUGCCCCUGCAAGUGUACCCCUACCCUGGGUCCAGUGUGCGCAAGCUAGGUUAUUCUGGACUCACUCUGGAUUCCAGCUCUGCGAAUCUGUUUUCAAACUGCACCGAUGACAACAUUUACAUGUUCAAUAUUGCGGGACUCAAAACAACUCCAGUUGCGGUCUUCAGUGGUCAUCUAAACUCCUCCUUCUACGUCAAGUCCACUUUAAGUCCAGAUGACCAGUUCCUGGCCAGCGGUUCGAGUGACCAUCAGGCUUACAUCUGGAAGAUUUCUGAUCCAGGAAGUUCCCCCAUGACGUUGCAAGGCCAUUGCCAGGAAGUGACCUCAGUGAUGUGGUGUCCCACAGAUUUCACCAAGAUUGCUUCCUGUUCAGACGACAACACCAUACGGGUGUGGCGCUUAAACCGUGGAGAAGAUGGAGCGAGGUCCUGUGGGGGGGCCAACCUGGUGGGGAGAGCCUAUCAGAAACUGCCGUGCGAAGAGAAGCUCUGUGGUCCUGUCAGUGCUUCUGAGCACACCCCGGGCAAGAGACCCACAACAGAGGGCCCCAGGGGGCUGACGUCCCCGCGGCUGGCAGCUUGUGCCCCCAGCAGCGCUGACCUGCCCUUGCCAUCCAACACACCCACCACUCCCUUAACUCCCGGCAACAAAGGACGCUCAGCCAGCAGCCCUAGACCGACGCCGGCUUCAUCCCCCUCCAUCCAGGACUGGUUCUCCCGUGUCUCGGGUUCGCCCGGCGCCCCCAGGAAGGUCCUUGGCUCUAGUUCGCAGGGCGUAGGUCUGGCCCCCUCCCCCGAAGCCAAAGGCCAGGUCAAGCGCCGCCUGGAGACCAACGGGGAUGAGAAGGUAGACCGCAUCGGGGCCUGCGACCUUACCGCUGAGCCACACCCUGUGGCCAAGCGGAGCCGUGGACCAGCGGAGCUGUGCUGUUUCUCACCUCCUGAGAAUCAGGGAACAGCCCGCGGUGAGGAGCGGACGCCCUAUACCUCUGUGCGAGCCGACAAGGAGAACAGCAUCCCGCCAAGUGUGGACUGGCUGUCCGCCUUGGGUCAGAAGCUGAGGAGCAAUCCCGAGAGUGUGUCCCCGGCUAGGAUCCUGAAUGGCAGCAGGAAGCCGCAUUCCCGGCCCCCGACGUCUCCGGCACGCCUUCCGGGUUCCAUGAAGAAGAUCUCCUCGUACUUCCAGAGAAGAAACCCAGAGUGAGCUCCUGGGGUGGUCUGCUGGGCAGAUCCACGACCUGGGAGGCCCCUUCAGGCAGAGUGGUCCAGUCCACCUGUUCGAGCUCCGUGGCCCCUCCUCCCCCAGGCAACAUCCCUGCAGAGGGGCAGUGCUUCUUGCCUCUCUGCCCUCGAGAACUUGUUGUCCUGCUGAUUUUUGACCUAGCAUGCAAGCAGUGGGUGCUGAAGUGGUGCAUGGUGGGUGCUGGUCACUUAUUCCCAUUUGGGCUUGUGAGACAUUCCUUAAACCAUGUGUCUUUUAGCCUGUUUUUAUUUUGGAAGUGCUUUUAAAUAGCAGGCUGUGUUAAUUUUGAACGUGGACAUUUUUGCGUGCUGAAAAAGUGAUCACCUUAACAGCCUCUACUACUUUCUACUACCAAAAAGGAAAAUGUAUCACUGCUGAAUAGAAUAUAUAUGCACCAACAACAUCUGACAAAAGUAUGUGGGGAAAAAAUAGCAUUUCAUUUUGAGAGGUGAUAUUGGAAACAUUUUACUGAUUGUUUAUAUGAAAGUGAUUUUUACUCCCUGUGCUUGGAGCUUAUACAUGCUCAUCUGUUUUAAGGAUUUAUUUUCGAAGUUUGACAGAAGUUCUUAUUUUUUAUUUUUAUUUUUUUGGUAUGGGAGCUCUAAGCGUGACUAAAGGCUCAAUCUCCUGGGAAACUUGUAAUGGAACAUUCCAGUGUUUUUUUAGGUUGCUGUGACUCUUCAUGUACACUCUUAAAUUACCGUUUGAAAGUAUCAUCGUAGCUGUGACCAGUUAAUGUCUGAAAUGUUCUUGUGCAAAUGUUUUGCUUGCUUUUUGUGUAUAUGUACAUAUUCUCGGAUUUGUUACAUUUUUAUGUAAAUUUGCACUACAGAUGCUGUUUGAAUUAUCUGAUGAUUAAAUAGCAGUGGAACUAUGAUCAAA